ACAGGGAAAUGAAUCGUAUCCUUGGGGUUUGAUAAUUGGUAAAAGUGUUGACUCAUGGCGAUUUUAAGCAUAGUUCUGCUAUAUACAUAUGCAGUACAGUCAGUGUACAACCAUUGAAAUACAGCAAGGACAUUUAACUCUGCAUGUUGAGUCCACAAGAGAUUCGUCUCCAAGAGAAGGUGCGCGUGUCCUAACUCAUGUUUCUAGUAGUAAAUUGCAGCUAUUCGGUGGAGAAACAGACUGAGCUGCUGGAAAGAAAAAACGCAUGCAGGGGGAGGAGGAAAAUCUAGUGACACCGUGAAAUUGCAUUAAACAUGCCAUUCUCUGCUCCGAGGACGUUCAUGCUCCCCAAACUCUCAUCUGCUCGCUGGAUGGAUGCCGCCGCCGACACAGAAGUUUGACGCAGAAAGCUCUCCAGCAGCUUUCGUUUCACGGAGAAAAUAACGGCCUUAUUUACCUGUCUCCAUCAUUUCUAUGACAGUGGUCUCACGAACAUUCGGAUAUCUGAUGCGCUAUUAAUUUUCUUUUGAGGAAAAAUAAAUCGAGAAAGAGCGCUUGACCAAAAGAGGUCAAUAAAUAAGGAGUACGUUUUUUUGCUCCGGAUAAAGACAUCUAAAAUGCACUUAUUUGGAAUAUCUGUUCUCCUUGCCAAUUCAGCGAUUCUCUACGCAAAUCUAGCCAGUGAAUCGAGUCAUGAAUUCAGUCAUGACUAUUAUGAUUAUGAUCAGGAUCAAGGGGAUGCACCGGAGCCGUCGGAGCCAGACCUUGAGCAGCAGCUGCGCUCCGUGGCCAGUGUUGAGGAACUGAUGAGGAUAGUGUACCCUAACUACUACAGCGUGCUCAGUUGCCGGUCGAAGCGGGGCGCACGUUUCCCCCUGAGAGGGGAACACACAGCCACGGAAACGCGGUCGCGCAGCGAACUGCCGGCGUACGCUGGUGCUCCCUUCAACCCUGACACACUGAAAAGUAUUGAGUCAGAGUGGAAAAAGACCCAGUGCAUGCCACGAGAAGUUUGUUUAGAUGUGGGGAAAGAGUUUGGGGCGGCUACAAACACCUUCUAUAAACCACCCUGCGUGUCUGUCUACAGAUGUGGGGGCUGCUGCAACAGCGAGGCGCAUCAGUGUUUGAACAUCAGCACCUCCUACAUCAGCAAGACGCUGUUUGAAAUCACAGUUUCCAGCAGUACAAAUAACAACCUAGUGACUAUCAGCUUUGCCAACCACACCGUGUGCAAUUGUCUGUCCAAACUGGACGCCUACAGACAAGUACACUCCAUCAUACGACGAUCUCUACCAGAAUGUCUGGUAGCCAAUAAAACCUGCCCAAAGAACCACAGCUGGAGCAACCGCUUGUGCAGAUGUAUGGCGGUGCAACGUGACACCCCUCCCCCGCCCCAGAUACAACACUCGGACUCGUUUGAAGUGGAUGUCUGCGGGUCAGAUAAGGAGUUGGACGAGGAGACGUGUCAGUGUGUUUGCAGGCGACAGCUCCGGGCCUCGGGCGCAUGCGGACCCCACCGCUACCUGGAUAAGAACACGUGCCAGUGUGUGUGUAAGACGCUCCCAUCGUCCUGUGGGCCACACCAGCUUUUCAAUAAAGACACGUGCCAGUGUGUGUGUAAGAAGCUCCCAUCGUCCUGUAGGCCGCACCAGCUUUUCAAUAAAGACACGUGCCAGUGCUCCUGCGCCAGAACGUGCCCCAAGCACCAGCCGCUCAACCGCACCAAAUGUGCCUGCGAGUGCAACGAGUCACCCAACAGGUGCUUCCUGAAAGGCAAAAGGUUCCACCAGGCCACCUGCAGUUGCUACGGACCACCUUGUGACGUGCGGAGGAAUCGGCGCUGUGCAUCAGGUUUUUACUUCAGUGAGGAGGUCUGCCGGUGCGUACCAACAUACUGGAGAAGACAGGAUUAAGUUUGAGUUCACAUUAUGCAGCUGACCUGCUAACCGAUUAUAACGAUUAGAAUCUAUUAUGCUAGCCGCAAUCGUGUGGAGAAGUACCUAGCCUGGACCUAGGUCGGGAAAUGGUUGAAAGGACACCGAGUUUGUGGGCUACUUUGGAAUUAUAAAGUGGCACUUGGGACAUAUUAUGGACAUAUUGAUGUGAACCCCAAAUAUCAUGAGAGGAUCUAAUGAAAAGACUGAAGGAUGGGGAGCAAUUUUGUAUUUGUUUGUUAUUCGUAUGUCAGAUAUUGAUGAUAUAAUUUAUUGCCACUAAAUGUUUGCCACCUCGUUGUCUAUUGCCAUUUCAAUCUUUCCAAGAAAAUACACUGUGAUCAAUAUGUGUGUAUCAUGUGAUGCCUCUUUAAAAUUAAAGUUGUAUAUUGUUAACUUAUUUCUAAUCUAGUUUAUCAUAUUGAAUUGGAGUUACUGAUUGUAAAUAACUAUUGUACACACGUAUCUUACAAUUAUGAUCUUAUGGCAGGCUAUAUUUACGCAACAAAAAAACGUCAUUUAAAUUUCCAUUAUGAAUUAACGCAAAAUAGCAUGUCAUUUCUGAACUGCCAUCCACAGCAUACACAUUUAUGUUAGAUACUUGAAAAUAUACUAUAUAUCACUUUUAUCUUUGGUCAAACCACCUCACCAGCAACACUAACAUUGGACUCUCAGUUCUAGGAUCAUGAUGAUAGGGCCACAAGUUUUCCCAGGUUUGGCCCAUUUUAUGACAUGAUGAGGAUAUCCUAUGAAUGUAUGUCACCAGUAGGAGACCUCCAAGGAAGGGAUACCGUGAACUAAUACAUGUAUCCUGCCUUGUCAAUGAAUGAAUACUACUACUAUAGAAAACCCUAAUCAGCCAAAUGGAGGAUAUCCAAUCUACAGUACAGCAGUAUGAAGACCAGUAUGAGAAUGCUCCUAAUCGUCUGACCAAAACUCAUUGGACAAGUGAAUUAAUGUUUCAAAGUCUACCAUGAAAGAGACAACGGUCUAAGGACAAUUGGUUACUAAGAUGUUUCUAAGGUGCUCACGCCGUAUGGGUUUAAACAAGAGCAGGUCGAGUUCUUGUUAUAGUGUUGAAGUAUGUCAUGGUCAUUUUCUACGUCAACUGUAUAUGUAUUGUUCCUAUGUUUUUCUACUGGAAAAUAAAUCACCAAUUUCGCAAGACGCACAGCUA